AUGACAACCGAAUAUACCAGGACUGUACUCACAACAGAUGAUGUCACCGUAUUUACAGGGAACGAAACCAAUCAUAAACUCAUACAGGAUUACUAUUCUGUAAUACCGAUUGCAUUGAUGCUUGUGGCCGGCGUAACUGGAAAUAUCCUAGCAAUAGUUCUACUUCACAAGACGUCAGAGAAACACAAAUGGCGGGUGUUUUACCGGUUGGUCUUUGUCCUGGUGGUGUUCGACCUGUUGGGCCUUAUUGGGCAACUUCCUAUUAUGAUUAUUAUUUAUGCGAAUAACAUGCAGUGGAUUGGAGGACAACCGUUAUGUGACUUUAUGGCUUUUACCUCUAUAUAUACUGGAAUGACAUCGGCCAUGUUUGCGGCCGCCAUGUCUCUAGACCGUUUCCUGGCCAUUUGGUUUCCAUACAGCUAUAACAGAACAUUCAGUAGUCGUCGAGCUAACCUCACAAUGAUACGACUCAUACUGAACCAAUCCGGGGCCGUCAAACUUAAUCAUGCAUACGACAUGACAGGAGCAAGACUGGCCUUGGCCAAUCAAGUUAUUGAUCCAUGGGUCUAUAUCCUCUUGCGGAGGGAUACCUUAGAACCGAUCAUAAAAGCGGUGAAACGUUGUAUUGUUGCUAGAAGAUGCCUGCAGCACGAAUUGGCAGAUGAAAGAAGUUCGAGCAGAAACAGAGAGACUUCUACUGCUGGAGAUGCGACCACUGAUGAAGAACUGUAA